AUGAAACACCUCUUCACGAAAAUCUCUUCAUUUUGGAUGCGUUUUGUCGCACGACAACACCCGAAAGCGUCGUCGUGGUCUCCUCAAGCGUCUGUCAACAACGACGAAAAGAAAACAGAGAACGGAAGGAAACAAAGAAGAGUAAGAAUCGUGCACGUGAAAGAGGUGCUCGAACAGGAAAAGAUGAUGAAUUCUUCUUCUUCUUCUUUGAAGAUGUGUUCGUCGAAAUCGAAAGUUGUCGAGUGGAAAACGUUGAUGGAAACCAAAUGGUUGAGGUUUUCUUCGAUAACGUAUAUCGAUCCAACCGGGGAAGAGCGGACGUGGGACGCGGCGACGAGAACGACGAAAGAUCCAAACGCGGUGGCAGAUGCCGUGUGCGUGUUUGCGAAACUGAAAUCGUCCAAACGCGAGACGCAAACGCUGUUGGUGAGGCAGUUUCGUCCUCCGAUGGAACGAGAAACUAUUGAACUUCCCGCGGGUUUAAUCGAUAAAGGCGAAACGGCUGAACAAGCCGCGCUAAGAGAAUUGAAAGAGGAAACUGGAUAUACGGGAUAUAACGCCAAAGCGACGCCGUGCUCCAUGGCUCUUUCGCCGGGACUGAGUAAUGAGACGGUAGUUUUAGUCACCGUGGACGUAAACUUAGACGAGUACGAGGAAGACGAACGCGGAGGCGAGGAUAAAGUCGUCCCGGAACAAGAGCUCGAAGGGUCGGAGUUUAUCACGGUGAUUAAAGUGCCCCUGAAUAAAAUGAGAGAAAGUUUAGAUAGUUUGAAUAGCUCUGGCUAUAAAAUCUUUGCGGGAUUGUAUAUGUUCGCGCUCGGAUUAGAGUUGAACGAGGCCGAAUGA